AUGGCUACUUCAUCAAUUGCUAAUAAAGUUAAUAGUUCACUAGGACGAACUAUUAAAACUGUAACUGUUGCUGCUGAAACGAAUCAUCAAGUUAUUAUUGUUGAUCAAAAACAAGAAUUUCUUGAUAAUAGUCUAAAUAUAAUACAAACAAGUUUAAAACGUGUUAUUAAAAAAAAAUUUGAAAAAGAUCAACAACGUGGAGAAAAAUAUUUAAAUGAUGUUACUAGUCGAAUUAAAACAAGUACAAAUGUUAAUGAUGCUGUACAAUCAACAGAUAUUGUUAUUGAAGCAAUUGUUGAAAAUCUUGAAAUCAAACAAAAAUUAUUUAAACAAAUUGAUCAAGCUGCACCAAAACAUACGAUUUUUACAAGUAAUACAUCAUCAUUACCAAUUACUGAUAUUGCUAAAGAUGUUCAACGAAAAGAUAAAUUUGGUGGCUUACAUUUCUUUAACCCAGUACCGGUUAUGAAAUUACUCGAAGUUAUUCGUAUAUCAGCAACAAGUGAUGAAACAUUUCAAACAUUAUUAACUUUUGGUAAAGCAUUAGGUAAAACAACUGUAUCAUGCAAGGAUACACCAGGCUUCAUUGUUAAUCGUUUAUUAGUACCGUAUCUUCUUGAAGCAGUUCGAAUGAUCGAACGUGGUGAUGCUACAGCUGAAGAUAUUGAUACAGCUAUGAAAUUAGGUGCUGGUUAUCCAAUGGGACCCAUUGAAUUAUUAGAUUAUGUAGGUUUAGAUACAUCAAAAUAUAUUGUUGAUGGAUGGAAAAAACGUUAUCCUAAUGAACCAUCAUUUAAAACAAGUGAAUUAUUAAAUAAAAUUGUUAGUGAAGGUAAAUUGGGCAAGAAAACUGGCGCUGGUUUUUAUAAUUAUAAAAAAUAA